CUUUUCUCGAGCUCUUAAAAAAAAAAUAAAGGCAGCAUAUUUUUUUUUUACAAUUAGAGAAUUUUUUUUCCGCAUAUUUCCGUUUGAAUAACUUUAAAAACUAAUUUUUCAUUUUCGCUAUGAUUUGCAGAUAAAUUUUUACAUUCAAUUUUAGACGUAACACUAAUAUUUAAAUUAAAAUUUUAUAUAAACUGUUAGAAAAAUGCUUGCGAAAAACUUGCUUUAAUCUUUCGGCACACGCGUUCAUUAAAAUCGCGAGCACUGUUGCCAGACACAAUAUAAAAGAAAUUAAAAAAAAUAAAUCGUCAAUUGUUGUAAAAUGUACCCGCCACAGCAACAACAUCAUCAACCAAAAAUGCAAAUACCAAUUAGACCACGUUCUAGUCUGUCUACAGAUGAACAUUAUCGGAUUAAAGAUAAACAUCGUUAUCAUAAUAAGCCCAAUAAUGCUGUCUUGACAUUAACGGGCUUUUGUAUAUUUCUUCUCGUGUUGUGUAUGUUUUUAUUAGGCGCCUUAGUAUACGUCGGCAGAAACAUAGUAAAUGAACAUCUGCGCACAGAUGUAACGUAUAACUCAUCAGCACAACUAUUAGACGAAGAAUAUCUUGAAAGCCUUUACUCCUCAACAAAGCCUAUAAAACGAUUUCGGUCGGCAUCUUCAAGCUCUUCCACUUCUACAGCAAAACCUCGUUUCUUUAUAUUUAAUAAAACCACAAUAGCACCGCACGUAAUGGCUACAUCCAAAGUCUUGUCACAGCUUACUUGCCGAUUGCCUAGAGAGCUUAAACCACGUCACUAUCAGCUGCGACUGCAACCGGAUUUGGCAAAUCGCACUUUCAGUGGUAAUGUGACAAUAAACUUGGAGGUUUUAAAGCCUAUUUCCUUUAUACCCGUGCACGCUAAGUACUUGAAAGUUGACACAGAACAAGUGUGGCAGUUGGAUGAAACUAGUACACCUUUGCGUAAAAUUGAUCCUGUUUUAACAUUUUCCCAUCCUGACUGUGAAUACUGGGUUACCGAAUUUUCUGAACCUCUACAAGUGGGAAAUUAUUCUUUGCUAUUGACCUUUAAAGGCUCUAUGGCUUAUAGAAUCGUUGGUUUAUAUCAGAGUUCGUAUUGGGAUAAAGCACAAAGCAAGGAAAGAUGGAUUGCUACCUCAAAAUUUGAACCCACAUAUGCACGUCAAGCUUUUCCAUGCUUUGAUGAACCCAGCAUGAAGGCUCGAUUUAGCGUAACUGUAAUACGACCUACAGACGAUAAUUACCAUGCUUUAUCUAAUAUGAAUGUGCUGGAAGAAAUUCCUUUUGACGCACAUUUUACCCAGACUAAAUUCGCUGAAAGUGUACCGAUGAGCACUUAUCUGGUGUGCUUCAUAGUAUCCGAUUUUGCAAAUCAAACAAAACUUGUUAGAGGUAUGCUUGAUGGCGCUAAGGACUUUGAAAUGCGUGUGUUUGCUACAGCCAAUCAAGUCAAUAAAGUGGAAUAUGCCCUAAACGUUGGUGUUGGUAUUACUGAAUACUAUAUAGAAUACUUUAAUAUAUCAUAUCCUUUGCCCAAACUGGAUAUGGCCGCCAUACCCGACUUCGUUUCUGGUGCAAUGGAACAUUGGGGCUUGGUUACGUAUCGUGAAACUUCAUUGCUUUAUGAUAAAGAAAUAAGUUCAAGUGCCAAUAAGCAACGCGUAGCUGUAGUGGUUGCCCAUGAAUUGGCUCAUAUGUGGUUUGGUAAUUUGGUAACUAUGAAAUGGUGGAACGACUUAUGGCUUAACGAAGGUUUUGCCAGUUAUAUUGAGUACAAAGGUGUCAAUCAUGUACAUCCCGAUUGGAAAAUGCUUGACCAGUUCCUAAUCUCCGAUAUGCAUGGCGUUAUGAAGCUUGACGCCACGCUAGCAUCGCAUCCUAUUGUACAGACUGUUGAAACUCCUGACCAAAUUACCGAACUGUUCGAUUCAAUAACAUAUUCUAAAGGAGCCACAAUCAUUCGGAUGCUUGAAGAUUUGGUGGGUGCUGAGAAAUUUCGUAAUGCCACCACCAAUUAUUUAAAUCGAUUCAUUUAUUCGAAUGCUGAAACUAAUGAUUUCCUGAGCGAAGUUGAAGCCGUCAUUACUGAUAUUGACAUCAAAUUAAUUAUGCAGACAUGGACUGAACAAAUGGGCCUGCCUGUCGUACAAAUUGUAAGAAAUGGCACUUCUUUCAAGUUAACACAAAAACGUUUUCUCGCCAAUCCUGAGGAUUACAAUGGCGUAUAUGAAGACUCCCAGUUCAAUUAUCAUUGGUCUAUACCCAUUACCUAUUUUACUAACGAAGAUCCCACAGUAAAACGUAUCAUAUUCAAUUAUAAUGAUAGCGAAGAAAAUAUUCAAGUUCCAAAUGAAGUGAAAUGGAUUAAAUUUAACAAAAAUCAAAUUGGAUACUAUCUUGUCAAUUAUCCAGAGGACAUGUGGCGCGCUUUAAAUUCUGGUUUAGUGGAAAACCGCAAUGCAUUUAGUACUGCCGAUCGUGCCCAUUUGAUUAGCGAUGUGUUCGCUUUAGCCGAUGCUAGCCAAUUGAACUACAGCAUUGCCUUAGAUUUAAGUAAAUACCUCGAAAAUGAAGUGGAAUACGUGCCGUGGAGCGUUGGCGUUUCACGUUUGGCUAAUAUAAGAAAUUUAGUUUAUUAUACUGAACUCUACAGUAAUUUCGUUAAUUACGCUCGCCAACUGCUUAGUAAGGUUUACGAGAUGGUCUCCUGGGAUGUGGGCGAUAAUCAUUUGGAAAACUUGCUACGUGUAUCAAUAUUAAAAGCUUCAUGCGCUUUCGGACAUCCGCAUGCUUUAGAAGAAGCUCAUAAACGUUUUGUUGAAUGGCUUAAGAAUCCUGAAGAACGUCCGCAUCCAGAUAUACGCAACGCAGUUUACUAUUACGGUAUGCAAAUAGGUGGAACUGAACAAAUUUGGCAACAAGUUUGGGAAUUAUUCGUUAACGAACAAGACGCUCAAGAGAAAGUAAAAUUAAUGGAAGCUUUAGCCGCCAUUAAUGAGCCAUGGAUAUUGCAACGUUACAUCAAUCUGGCUUGGAAUGAAAGUUAUGUACGCAGUCAAGAUUAUUUCAGCUGCCUACAGUUUAUUGCUCAAAAUCGUGUGGGUCAAGGCCUAGUUUGGGAUUAUGUACGGGAGAAUUGGCCACGUUUGGUCAAUAGAUUCGGUAUUAAUGAACGUUACAUGGGCCGUAUGAUCCCGGCAAUAACAUCACGUUUUGCUACGCAAACGAAACUCGAAGAAAUGGAGGCAUUCUUUGCUAAAUAUCCCGAGGCAGGGGCAGGCACAGCUGCACGUAAGGAGGCUUUGGAGAAUGUCAAAAACAAUAUCAAAUGGUUGGAGCAAAAUAUGGAUCAUGUCGGCAAGUGGUUGCAGUGUCAGACGUCAGAAGCUAAAAUUGAUAUUGAGCAGAACGUUUGAAAGUUUAAAGCCAAACCCUUAGAUAUUGUUUAUUGAUAAUUUCAAAAAUUCCCGAUCAUUUCUGCAUAUUAGAAAAAAAAGAAAACCAUUUAUUUUUACAUGUCCUAUGAGGAUAAUAAUCCUAUUAAAUUCCUUUCGCAAAUUUAUUUUUGAUACUUGGAAAAAAACAUUUUAGCAAUCAUUGAGCAAUCCGCGUAAUGCUAUCAUUGUAAACUGUGAACUGUUUUUUCAUUUUUAUAAAAUUAAUAAAAAUUCUUUUGAAAAUUUCUAUGGAA